UUCAGAGUGAUCGGCCGUUGCUUUCACCUUUUUCCUGUUCUGCGAAAUCGUUCCGGAAAAGGGUUUACAACUGUCAGGAGAACAAUGAAAUGGAUAUGGAAAGAAAUUGAGCAGUUUCUUUUGCUGAGUUUAAACUGUCCUAGGUCGGGGGUUUUGACGGUCAAUUGAUUUCUUCUCAAGGUUUUCUUGUUCUACCAUAUAGUGAAACAAUAUGCAGCAAAAACUUUCAAGUGAGAUUAGGUUGCUGAAAUGGUUUGGUUUCUUGUCCAUUAAGAGUCCUAUCAUUGAUUCAGAAGAUAUGCAUGAAUAUAUGCAGCUAUAAAUUAUCUCAGCAUGGUGCAAUAUUCAAUACCAACCUGGGCUCAGAAAAGAUAUUCAGUGGCAACUUCCAAAGUUUGAUGACGACCCGGGGAAGGAUAACCAACUAAGGCUUUGUACAGGAAAGUUGGACUUUUGCACGUAGAAUUGUAGCUACCGAAGCAAAACGUCAAACAUGUGAAGUGGGCAAGAAAAGUAUUUCCUUUUAUUUUUUUUUUCCCCACUCUGGAGCCUAUUGAAAAAAAAUAUGCUGGUGGCAAACGUGUAAGAAACUGAUUUGGAUGUGUCUGCAACAUAUACCUAGCCAUUUUUCCUCGAGGGAACAAGACGAGGAAAGAUCAACAGCACAGAAAGAACAAACGGCUUCUUCUUCCCCCAUGCUGUCGUAGAAAGAACCUCUGUUCUUUAGCUAGUCAGACCCCAAAUUGAGCGUCUCUGCAUCAGGGAGUUUCAUGAGAGAAUCAUGCGGCCACUGAAUUUGCCAUGCUGCAGCAGUAGCUCCUCAAAACUACCCGUGCCUUCCUUUGGCCUUGCCUUCGUCCUCCUGCUCUCCACAGCCUCCUUCGUCAGCUCCUGCACGGAGCAAGAGAGGAGCUCCCUCAUUGACUUCCGAGAUGGGCUCUCGUUGGAGGGCAAUGGCGGCCUCAACAACUCAUGGAUCAACGGCACAGACUGCUGCCAGUGGGAUGGAAUCACCUGCACCAACAGCGUGGUCACGGAGAUCAUGCUUGCUUCUAAGGGCCUCCAAGGGAAGAUCUCACCGUCCCUUGGCAAUCUCACCGGACUGCUGCACCUCAACCUCUCCCGCAAUUCACUCUACGGCAGUCUACCAGCGAAUUUGUUGUUCUCCAGCAGUAUAAUCAUCCUGGAUGUCAGCUUCAACCACCUAUCUGGUCCUCUGCUAGAGCAGAGAUCCUCAAAUCCUGGCCUUCCUCUCCAGGUACUGAAUAUCUCGAGCAACUUCUUUACAGGGCAGUUGCCAUCCACAACACUGGAAGUGAUGAAGAAUUUGGUUGCUCUUAAUGCAAGCAACAAUAGUCUUAUGGGACCAAUGCCAUCAUCUAUUUGCAACAACGCCCCAUCACUUGCCAUGCUUGACAUUUGUUUAAAUGAAUUCAGUGGUACUAUUUCCUCAGAGUUUGGCAAUUGCUCUAUGUUAAAAGUACUCAAGGCUGGUCACAACAACCUUACAGGGGUUCUACCUCAUGAACUUUUUAAUGCUACCUCAUUGGAGCAGCUCUCUUUUCCAAACAAUGACUUACAAGGGAUUCUUGAUGCAUCCAACCUAGUCAAGCUCGCCAAUCUGAUCAUCCUUGAUCUUGGAUCAAAUGGGCUCCGCGGCAAUAUACCAGAUUCUAUUGGGCAGCUGAGAAGAUUGGAAGAGCUCCACUUAGACAACAACCUGAUGUCUGGAGAGCUACCAUUGGCCCUAGGUAACUGCACAAGGCUCAAGUACAUCACCCUCAGAAAUAACAGUUUUAGGGGAGAUCUUAGCACAGUUAACUUUGCCCAGUUGGAUCUGAGAAUUGCAGAUUUUUCGAUCAACAAAUUCACUGGUACAAUUCCAGAAAGCAUCUAUGCAUGUAGCAACCUAAUUGCUCUGCGGUUGGCCUACAAUAAUUUUAUUGGGCAAUUCUCACCAAGAAUAGGCAAUCUCAGGUCCCUCUCCUUCCUUUCUAUUACGAAUAACUCAUUUACAAAUAUCACAGAUGCACUUCAGAAGCUCAAGAGCUGCAAGAAUCUCACCUCCCUGCUCAUUGGAACCAACUUCAAAGGUGAAACCAUACCGCAAGAUGAAGCAAUUGAUGGUUUUGAGAAUCUUCAGGUUCUGACCAUAGAUGCAUGCCCAUUAGUAGGGAAAAUCCCUGUUUGGCUAUCAAAGCUCACAAAGUUGGAGAUACUAGACCUAUCAAUUAAUCAACUUACUGGAUCAAUACCAUCCUGGAUUAAUGGACUGAAAUUUCUCUUCUUCCUGGACAUAUCAAGCAACAAGCUAACAGGGGAUAUCCCAACCACAUUGAUGGAGAUGCCAAUGCUACAAUCAGAGAAGAAUGCUGCCAAGUUGGACCCAAAGCUCCUUGAGUUACCUGUAUAUUGGACACAAUCACGUCAAUACCGUGUGCUCAAUGCUUUCCCUAGUGUAUUAAACCUAUGCAACAAUAGAUUCACAGGCAUCAUUCCCCGAGAGAUUGGUCAUCUGAAAAUGCUCGAUGUCCUCAAUUUCAGCACCAACAGCUUUUCUGGAGAAAUACCACAAGAAAUUUGCAACCUCACAAACUUGCAAACGCUAGACUUGUCAAAUAACCAGUUCACAGGUCCAAUCCCAUCUGCGUUGAGUAAUCUGCACUUCCUUUCUUGGUUCAAUGUGUCUAACAACGAAUUAGAAGGUCCAGUUCCAACUGGUGGACAGUUUAACACAUUUACAAAUUCUAGCUACAGUGGGAAUUCCAAGCUAUGCGGCUCUAUGCUCAGCACCCAUUGUAACUCAGUUCAAGCGCCUCCAGCCUCCAUGAGAAGGAAGCACAAUAAGGGCAUUGUUGCGCUUGCCUUAUGCGUGUUCUUUGGAGGGCUUGCCAUCCUUUUCCUGCUGGGACGUCUUAUUUUGUCCAUCAGAAGAACAAAAUCUGCUGACAGGAACAAGGGUAGCAACAGCAGGGACAUUGAAGCAACUUCAUUCAACUCUGUUUCAGAUCACCUGUGUGACGGGAUAAAGGGAAGCAUUUUGGUGAUGGUACCUCGAGGCAAGGGAGAAUCAAACAAGCUCACAUUCAGUGAUAUCUUAAAUGCCACAAAUAAUUUUGAUCAGCAGAACAUUAUCGGCUGUGGAGGUAAUGGUCUAGUCUAUAGGGCUGAGCUGCCCUGUGGAUCCAAGCUUGCGAUCAAGAAACUCAAUGGUGAAAUGUGUCUGAUGGAAAGAGAAUUCAAAGCAGAGGUUGAAGCACUCUCCAUGGCACAGCAUGAGAAUCUUGUGCCACUAUGGGGUUACUGCAUCCAGGGAAGCUCAAGGCUCCUCAUAUAUUCUUUCAUGGAGAAUGGGAGCCUAGAUGAUUGGCUUCACAACAAGGAUGACCCCAACUCAUUUCUCGAUUGGCCAAUAAGACUCAAGAUUGCACAGGGAGCAGGCCGCGGCCUUUCUUAUAUCCACAACACCUGCAAGCCUCACAUUAUUCACCGUGACGUCAAAUCCAGCAACAUCUUACUUGACAGAGAAUUCAAUGCUUAUGUUGCUGAUUUUGGCCUCGCCAGAUUGAUCCUUCCUUAUGACACACAUGUCACGACUGAGCUCGUAGGCACUCUUGGUUACAUUCCACCUGAGUAUGGGCAGGCAUGGGUGGCCACGCUGAGAGGUGAUAUAUACAGUUUUGGAGUGGUCUUGCUUGAGCUGCUCACAGGGAAGAGGCCUGUCCAGGUCUUGACCAAGUCAAAGGAACUUGUCCAAUGGGUAAGGGAGAUACGGUCUCAGGGAAAGGAUGUUGAGGUCUUGGAUCCUGCACUUAGAGGAAGAGGACAUGAUGACCAAAUGCUGAAUGUGCUUGAAGUAGCAUGCAAGUGUAUCAAUCACAAUCCUUGCCUGAGGCCAACCAUCCAAGAGGUUGUGUCCUGCCUGGACAGUGUAGAUGUGAACCUGCAGGUGCAGACGUAGCUAAAGGACAACAGACUCUAGGUGGUAAUCUUGUACCUCACCUAAUUAGUUGUAACUUCAGUAGAAGAAUGAUUUUCUAACAAAUCGUACAGUAGUGUGUGCCGUGUGUACAUCUCUGAAAAGAACAGGCUCACGGUCAUGAGCCCCUUUAUACAAUUUUACUUCUUUUUUUGGGAAAAUCCUGUACAUCCAAGCUAAAUUGCAUGAACAUGGAAAGUGCAUGAAAAGAGUA